AAAGAAUAACCCUACCGCAGAGGGCACUGCGUGUCGUAAGAGGCGACUAAACAACUGCAGGUCAAUCCGGAGAGUGGUUUGGGGGUGGAAUGCUUUGGGGGUGUUUAAGAUUCGUUUUUGAAAGGUUGAGUGUGAAAGUUGAAUGAGUAUUUCCUUUCUAUUGAAGCAUCUACGCUUAUACACAAACGCAGAUGCUAGCGAUUGGUAUGAAUCUGCCUGAAUCUUUUACAUUCUUUAGUUCACAUCUCUCGCAUUCAUUGUGGACGAUGCUCGAGUACAAUUUUGCCUCCCUCCCCUUCCUUCUCCUAGAAGUGAUAGUUUUAUGAAACAAUUGGUACAUGUCGCAACAGUACUUGAAAUAGCAUUUCUACUCAAAAAAUUCGUAAGCACUCCGCCUCGUAUCUUCCGCGUAUCCCACGAGGGGCAGGCUAAUCGUAAGUUUUUUGUAUCUCUUUUCCUCCGCCCUCCACAAAUUUUAAAACUCGAUACCUUCCGGGGCGUUCGCGCGUUCGGUCCGAAAGUGCGGACCCCCUAACGGCUACGGAUUUCGCAGUACCGACACCACAAGACGCGAAAACGAUGGUCCCGCUGGGGGGAGGGGGAGGGGGGCUCGAACGAUUUCCUCUAUUUUUACAUAUUUUUAUCGUCGUGCCGUACCUAUAUCAUUUAUGCAAAUUUGAAAAAAAAUUCUGUUGUUAGCACAGAUACCACCCACACACCUGUGCACGUGCAAUUCUGUCCUUUUAUGCCUAAGAAUAUGUGCACCAAAUUUGGUUCCAAUCGGGUGGUAAAAAGGGGAAAAAUCACGGUUGCCACCUGUGUAUCUUUAGUUGCCUAAACACCUGCAAAACGUGGAGAUCUUUCUUUUUGAUGAAGUGCCACGCUGUAUAUAAAGCAACUUGUUGCUCAUUUGUUUAUUGUUAUAGUAAUUAGUCACGUGGUCGGGUGGUCCGAAAGGAAGUUGUUUGGUUGUUUUCAUCCUGUGAUAUCAUCAAUGAAUAAGAAUAUCAUCUAUAGACUAUAAAACCAAGAAAGACGUGAAAAAUGUCGUCAACGAUUCCAUUCGAUUGCAAAAAGUUCGUUUGUGCCAUUUGCCAAAAUUACCUGUCGACGGCCCCCGUUUACCUCCUGCAGGACAAUCGAGAUUUAUGCAGCAAUUGCGUCUUCGGAGACCUAGAGAAGGCAUUUCGGAACGUGUCGUUAGAGAGGCUGCUGGUUAACGCGUACUUUCCGUGUAAAAAUGCGAGUCAGGGCUGCACGCUGACCUACAAAUUUGGCGAAGAGGACGAUCACACAAGCAAGUGCACUUUUAAACCGAUCGAGUGUCCAAUACGCAAGAGAUCAGAAUGCGAAUGGAACGGAAGGUUUGGAGCGGUGCGUGAGCACAUUAGUGAAAAACAUGCCAAAUUAAUUUCGGAAAAUGCCGCCUUUAUAAUUAACGUGAACGAAGAUACGAUGGACACUUUUGUUGUGUUAAACAGCAAACAUUUUUUUACUGUCGACUACGUAUACAACUCAAGUGGUGGUGUCUUGAAGUACACCAUUGCCUUAUUGGACGUUGGGGAACAGAAUUUUCAAGUCGAGUUGAGAAACCACUCCGAACCUAAUAGUCUUAAACUAUUAAAGGAGCAUAAAGCGGUUUGUUAUAUCGGCGACCUACCUCAACGUGUCUCCGAAGAAAUCAACAUAGACAAAAUGAAACCGGCAUUGAAUAAUGCUACGUCAAUAUCAAUAACUCUCAAAGCACAACAAGAUCUCGGUAACAGCACAAAUUUAGUAAAAUCUGAUAUUGUGAAUUUCUUCAAGUGCAGACUGUGUCGUGAAAACUUAAAACUACCGAUUUUCGAAGAUGCCAAUUCGUCACCAAUUUGCAGUUAUUGCUACGAUAAUUCUAAGGAACAGUUCAAGUACAAAAUGGUACCAGAAGACAAUGAACUCUCAUGUUUAUUAGCAAAAGAAAAUUACUGCUGUAAGCAUAAUUACUGUACGAAAAUAGUCAGGGGCACUUGCAUAGUUAACCACGAGCGCUCCUGCCCUUUUCGUAUGUAUAAAUGUUUCACAUGUCAAAAAAACUUGUUGUACAGCAUAGCGCAAGAGCAUUAUGAAACAAUGCAUCCUGAUGCGAACUGUUUUGAGCAAGAGUAUGAAUUUGUAAUGCAGGCAAGAACUUCGGUUUCGUGCUGUACACUAUUUCAGCAUGAGUUAAUUGUGAUUUUCUUUACUUUUGAUCCUCAUUUCAAAAUCGAAGUGAAGCAGAGUGGGGUUAUUCCUAAUUAUAAAGUUAUUAUUGAACUGCAAUGUACAAACAAAGAUUUGAAUGCCCCAUCUCUAAAGUAUGUUUUCAAUGAGACAGCUGGUCAAUCUGUUAACAUAAAUUCAUGGGAUCUGCUUGCUUGUUUUACCACUGAAAUUGGUGUAAGGAUUUAUUUUGAUUCCUGUAAAUAGAAUAAAUGUACUUUUAUAAUAA